AAUCCUCAUAUGCCUGCAACUGUGAAGUGGUUGAUGUGCCUUUGGUGUCCCCUCGGUCACAGUUUUCCCGUGAAAAUCCACCAAGAACGUCCCUUCGUUGUGCAGAGUUUUUCCCGCCAUUUGGGUGAAGAAAAAAAAAAUAAAAAUCGCACACAUCGAGCUUCUUCUUUCACAAUCCCAGCAAAAGAGUGUUAAAUUCCCCAAGGGAGCACUUUCCAUCUUAUAUAUAGUUAUACAUAUAGCUCCCUAUUUUCAACGAUAUUUGGUGGAAAGUGGUGAAAUAAAAUAAAGCUCCUAAGUAUGACAUGAUUUCAUCGUAUCGUGUGCAUCAGAAACUCUAAGUAGCUCUGAAGUGCCGUCCAAAGAGUUUAAUUUUAGCUAAGAGUGUGACUUUGUGUGCGGGGGUGAAGGUUUUUUCUAUUUUUUUCUUGUAUUAUUUUACACUUACUCUGUGAAAAAUGCGAGAGGACGACCCAAAGUGUCCAAAAUGCAAAAAAUCCGUCUUUAUGGCGGAAGCCAGAGGCGCCGGAAAGUACAAAUGGCACAAAAAUUGUUUCAUCUGCCAGGUCUGCCAUAAAACACUGGACUCACUCAAUUGCUGCGAACACGGCACAGAAUUGUACUGUAGAGUCUGUCACGCUCGCCGAUACGGCAUGAAAGGAUAUGGAUUUGCAGGACUUGCCGCAGAAACUCUCGAUUCCAUCUACAUGGAUGCAAUGCUGGAUGAUGCCCCAGCAAAGCCCACCACUCCACGAGUUCUCAGGAAAGCCAGGGAGGGUGAAGGAUGUCCUCGGUGUGGAAUUCAUGUGUAUGCGGCUGAACAAAUGCUAGCCCGGGGCAAAGGCUACCACAGACGAUGUUUCAAGUGCCUCAAUUGCAAUAGAACGCUCGACUCGACAACUCACUGCGAUGGACCCGAUAAGGAGGUCUACUGUAGAGGUUGCUAUGCACAGAAGUUUGGAGCACGAGGUUAUGGACAUAUUGGAGUCUCCUCAUUGGGACUCAUGUCCGAUAUUAAAGAUAAAGAUUGGCAGAGUGAAUUAGCCCCAAAGACCGCCGAAGUGGAUCCAUCGAAAAUUCAGGCCAAGGAUGGAACUGGGUGCCCAAGAUGCGGUGGCGUUGUAUUCGCUGCUGAAUUGGUCAUCUCAAAGGGACGCGGUUGGCACCGAAAAUGCUACAAAUGCAAAGAUUGCACAAAGACAUUGGAUUCCAUAAUCGCAUGCGAUGGCCCCGAUAGGGAUGUCUACUGCAAGACGUGCUAUGGGAAGAGGUGGGGACCCCAUGGGUAUGGAUUUGCCAAUGGCUAUGGAUUCCUUCAGACUGAUUUGUCGGAGGAAGAAUUAGCCAACAGUCGGCCGUCUGUGAAUAUUGACACGACAAAAAUAAAAGCCCCCGAAGGGGAGGGAUGCCCCAGAUGCGGAGGGAUGGUAUUUGCAGCGGAACAACAGCUGGCACGUGGUACAAUGUGGCAUAAGCAGUGCUACAAUUGCUUCGAAUGCCAUCGACCACUCGAUUCGAUGCUCUCAUGCGAUGGGCCGGAUAAAGAAAUCCACUGUCGCACGUGCUAUGGGAAGCUGUUUGGACCCAAAGGAUUCGGCUAUGGGCACACACCCACACUUGUCUCAACAACGGGGGAGGCACCAGUCAUUGCGCAAGACUCAGUACCAAAAUCAGGACCAAAGAAGGUGGAAAAUGGCAAUGGAUGCCCUCGCUGUGGCUACCCCGUCUAUGCAGCUGAGUUGAUGAUCAGCAAAAAUCGCGUCUGGCACAAACGCUGCUUCUCCUGCGUGGAAUGCAACAAACAUUUGGACUCAAUGAACCUCAAUGAUGGUCCAAACUUGGAGAUCUACUGUCGUGGCUGCUACAACCGCAACUACGGCAUUAAAGGAUUUGGCUUUGGUAUGGGUGCUGGUACCUUAACUGCCAUGGUGUAGUUAACCGUUUAGUAGCAGCAACAAAGAAAAUCUGACCAUGCGGCGGGGGUGUCAAAUAUAUACGGAAGAAAAUAAGGGAGGAAGAACCCCCGGCGGGCCAAUAACAAUGAUUUAAUGAAGUAAUUUACAUUGAAUUGAAUUACAGUUGAAUAAAUCGCAUUAAGUGGUGCAACGGAGAGGAGUAUCACACGAGAAAGUCUAGAAAGUUUUGCAAAAGAGAGGGAAAUUUAUGUUCUUUUGCUCUUUAACCCCUCUUAACUCAUCUUCCCUUUUGCGUUUUUUUUCCUCUGUUUUUCCCAUCUUCUGCGAAUAAAAGUUUAUCCUUCAA